AUGGGCGACUCAUAUGACAGAAGCCCCGGAUGCCGGAUCUUGAAGAAAUCACCCUGCAAAAAUGCAGUAUCGAUCUGUAGCCGGGUGCCCGCAGUAAGCUCAGGCGAUGCUAUCUUCGUAUCGCAUCAGUGGGCGGGGCAGAACCAUCCUGACCCGGAUUUUCGGCAGCUGCGCAUUCUGCAAGGCGCCCUCGAGAACAUGAUGAGGAGCUCAGUGGAGAUCCCUGGCCCCGCCCUUGCCUUCGUAAUGCUGGGCGAGCGACGAUGCUUUCACAGCUCGGAGCUGAUGGUCUCCCCUCUUUUCAUCUGGUACGACUACUUCUGUUGUCCGCAGUUGGAGACGAAGCCCAGCAACGAAGCAACGUCUGACCUGCAGAAUGCUGUGGACAGCAUUCCAGGGUAUGUCUAUCGUGCAAAGUUCUUUGUUGUGCUGGCUCCAGUGGUUCAACAUGCUCUGGAUGGAACGCUUAUCGGAAAGCAGGCAUGGGGAAUGGACGGUCAAAAAGAUGCUAGUUAUGUCAAGCUUGCGGAAGACUAUGAUGAUAUGUUGGCCAAACUCCAAAAGACCGUGCUACAGGUUGACGUGUUUUACAACGACAACCACCACCACCACAACAACAACCGCAGCAAGCACAACAACCACAACAGCACCGGCAGCAGCAGCAGCAGAUAG